AUGAUGAACACAAUCGAUGCGACCAGUGACAACGAUACGAAGAAGGAAAUGCGAGUCAUCAAAGGAUAUUGGGUUGAUGACAGGUCGACUGCAGUCCAGACUAUAGAUCCAGGGCAAACCGUAAUGAAGGCCGUAGACUCGCUCUUCCAAAUUAUGGGUCCAAAUGCGAAUUCGAAUUGUGAUGAGGUCGACACUCUCCACUUUCUGCCAGUGAACCUCGACGUCCCUAUCAGUGUAUUGGUUCCUCCCUAUUCGAAUAUCGGUAGAGAACAGGUUUUAACUGUUCUAUUUGAACCCAAGGUGCCCAUGACAUCUGCCGUUCUUGCUCUCCGAGAUGAGAAUGCUCCAUUACAGCAUGUCACAGGGAGCAAAUUGAGUCUCAGAAAUACCCCUCCAAGUGUUCUUGAUGUCCUGGUGGAAGAGAUAAACCACUUGAAGGCAGGAAGAGCAGAGGACCAGAGGCAACGCGAGAAGGAUCAGAGGCAACGGGAGGAGGACCAGAUACAACGGGAGGAGGAUCAGAGACAACGGGAGGGGGACCAGGUACAACGGGAGGAGGAUCAGAGACAGCGUGAGAAGGACCAGCGACAACGCGAGAAGGACCAGAUACAAUGGGAAGCGUACCAGAGACAGCAUGAAAAGGACCAGCGACAACGCGAGAAGGACCGGAUACAACGGGAGGAGGAUCAGAGACGACGGGAGGAGGAUCAGAGACAACAGGAGGGGGACCAGAUACAACGGGAGGAGGAUCAGAGACAGCGUGAGAAGGACCAGCGACAACGUAAGAAGAACCAGAGACAAUGGGAGGUGUACCAGAGACAGCAUGAAAAGGACCAGCGACAACGUGAGAAGGACCGGAUACAACGGGAGGAGGAUCAGAGACGACGGGAGGAGGAUCAGAGACAACAGGAGGGGGACCAGAUACAACGGGAGGAGGAUCAGAGACAGCGUGAGAAGGACCAGCGACAACGUAAGAAGAACCAGAGACAAUGGGAGGUGUACCAGAGACAGCAUGAGAAGGACCAGCGACAACACGAGAAGGACCAGAGACAGCGGGAGGAGGACCAGCGACAACGCGAGAAGGACCAGAGACAACAUGAGAAGCACCAGAGACAACACGACAAGGACAGAAUGCCAAUUUCUAGUCUCCAGGAACAACUCUCUAGCCUCUGGGAACAAUGUGCUGAAGAUCAAAACCAACUUGCAGAUGAUAAAAGGCGAAUUUUGGACCUUGAAAAGGGAAAUAAACGUCUCAAGAUCAUGGUGGAUGAACACGAUAAGACUCUUGAGGAAUUGAGGCACUUGAUACUCUUGGUUGCUCCCUUGCAUAUCCGUGUCCUUUUAGACAAAACAAAGAUCAAAAUUCUAGAGCGAUGUCAGUACACAUCGUGGGACGCCCUUCGUAACAGCCGCCCUCCCGAAGAACUCAAAGCAUUCAUACAAACCAAUGCACAAUUGACCGCAGCUGUCUCCAAUUUUAUUUUUGAAUGUUCAGAUCUGCGCCGAGAGGGAAACCAGAGUGCUCACAGUGCAAGUGCUGAUGAUGUUCGAUCUGCCAUAAUGCAGAAACCUUUUGGAGAAGAGCGAACAUUGUUGGAACAGCUGUAUAUAUUUGUCUAUGGAAAACCUAUCUGAUGUGUUACAAUCCAUACCCGUUUUUACAUACAUUUGUGAUACCUGUGAAUCUGAUAGACAAUGAAACCAUG